AUGAGCGUAGCAGCACGCGACCACGGCCGUCAUACAUAUGGCCAUAGCACAAUCGACGGCUCUGCAAGAGUACAGUUGGGUGAUAUCAACUCAUAUACGUACCACUACUCGUUCGCUGACACCAAGGAUGCCAUUUACAAGAACACCCUUGCCGUUACCCUGAGUCAAAUCAUCCAUCACCAAUCCCUCUGUGGCAGCUUCGCGAGAAUACCAGCCUCAAGAUCGAUUGCUCGGAAGUUGAAAGAGUCGCUUAGCCUCAAAUUAGACACACUACAAACCUACCUUGCGCGUGUCCAGAAGAUCGAGCAGAAACAUGUUUUAAGCGUCGCUCCUGAAAGUCGCAACCGUAUGCUCGAAUCUACGAUGGCCGAUAGCAAAGUGGAAGUCUAUAUAAAUAUGACAAGCAGCUUGCUUCCCAAGCUGUCCGACCUGGCAAAAUGGCAAUGCUCGAACAAGGGGCAGGUUUCGUGUCUGGACGAUUUCUGCGAUCUGGUCGAACGUCUUAUCCAACAGCUUGCAGCUAGGCGCGCCCUAGGCACUACCGUCGCCGAGAUUCCAGGAGACAGUCGAGGUCAAGCUGCAGACGAGGACGUCCCGACGAGUCUCGAGGGCCAGACUAAUUCGGAUACUCAUCCUGCUGACCUCCCGGAACAGCAUCGAAAUAACACUUCGUAUAACGAACAAGAGUAUCUCUAUGCAACGCGGGACUUCUGGCGUCAGCUGACGUCUAUCCUUCAAGAGAUGGUCAGCCUUCCGACACGAUGCUGGAAGAGGCUGUUGUUCAAGUUCGUGAUUCCGCUCGCCAUCUUCACAGUGGUGCCGAUAUCGCUCGUCAAUGCUUCGAUGAAAAAGGCCUCUAUCGAGACGCGUAUCGCUCUGUCUGUUCUUGCCAUCUUCAUGAUCCUUUGGGGAGAUUUGUGCGACGAAUGA